AGCCCAUCCCCAUCCUUCUCUGAUCGGACGGUCGUCUCGAGCCCGUUGUGGGGUCGAUAGCAUCCGACGGUUACAGGAGGGCCGAGCCCAGGUUCACCGUCCUCCUCUGGAAAUCCUCUGGAGCGUUCCGUUUCACCGUUUCAGGUUUCCAUGGCGGCGGCGGCGCAGCUGCACGGAUCGGCAGCGACCGCGGCGGCCUACCGCCGGACUCGAGCCUACUCAGUUCCAUCCUCAUGCCGGGUGCUUUGGAGCCCUCUCGUGGGUUACCCAAAGCUUUUGAUGUCUGCCAAUGGAGUUGGUUUGAAACCAUUUAGUUUUGCUGCUAAAAUUUCAACAAAUGAGAAUGCUCAAGUUGAAGAACUAAACUUGCGAUCAGAUCAGAUGAAGGAAUUUGUACAGGCAGAGGGACAUCCCCAGAAGAGGAGUGCUAAAAUCCAUGACUUUUGCCUUGGGAUCCCUUUUGGUGGCCUUUUAUUUUCCAUGGGCCUUCUAGGAUACAUGUUCUCCAGAAGCACCAUAAGUAUUGUCUUGGGUGUUGCACCAGGGCUUGCCACUUUGCUGCUUGGUACACUCAGUCUAAAGUUUUGGAGGAGCGCAAUUUCUGCUUUCCUGGCAUGGAAGUAUUCUCACGCUUACUUCUUGACAAACAGACUCCUUCCUUGGGGCUUCUAUGCUUCCCUGAGCACCGCAAUGGCUUGUUUCUAUGGGUAUGUGCUGCUUGCUGGAGGAAAUCCCCCACCAAAGAAGUUGGCGGUCAUCCCACAACAGUAAAAAGAGAGAUCCGGUUCGGUCUAGGAUCAGCUUGGUUUGACCAAGUUCAUCAUGCUGUGGCAGCAGUAUGGCGCAAUUUUGAUUAUCAAAUUGUAUAUUCUCCAACCUGAAACUUGAUGAGCUAAUAAAGCUUCAGAGGAUGGUAGCCCUGCCUCCAGUGAACAUGCUCUGUUUUCUUCUACCUGAUGGAUGUACAUGAUAAAGAUAAGCUUGCUCAGCUUGUACUUGAAACAUUUGUAUUCGACUUAACAAAGUUGAGGUGUUAUAUUAUCAGAUGGCUUGUAGCUUCAUCAA